AUGGAGCAGCCAAGUUCGAAGAGCACCUCUCUUCUAAGUCUACCACCCGAGAUUCAAACACAGAUUCUUUCCCACCUUGUUUCUUCCUUUGGGAAACCAUCGAUCCAUGCAGUCUUGCGGACUUGCAAGCAGCUCUAUGAGAUAGCUCUUCCGCUGUCCGUCCAUGUUUUCCGAAACGCAGCCCCAUUCAGCGACGGUGGGGGGCCCUGUUCCCGCGCCCGAAACGUGCAGUUCUUACGGUACAUCGUCAUUUCCAAACCCGAGCUUGCUAUACACGUCAAGACUCUCCUUUUAGGCAGAGUCUCUUCAGAAAACGAUACACCCAUGCACAUCAAGGAUAUUGCGCAACCCCAAGACGUCAAAUGUACCAAGAAGGAGCUUUCAGUCUAUCAACAGGCGAUAGAGGACGUAUUGGAUCGGUUGAAUUACGACGGAGACAGAAAAUGGUCUGCCGAAUGGGUGGAGGAUCUCAGCAAAGGCUGUUCUGAUGCCCAGGUCGCCCUUAUCAUGCUCCUUUGCCCGAAUAUUCAAACGCUGAUGUUCGAACAAGCUACCAAGCCACGGCAGUUUAUUCGUUUACUGCAAAUGGUUGGGUCGUUGAACAGCCAAAAGCCGCCUCCUGGAAAACUCAACAUUAACCAGCCCAGCAUCCCGCUUUCAAAAGUUGAGGAUGUAUUCCAUGAGGCCACUGAAUUUGAAGAGGGCUAUCAGAUGUUUCACGAACAAGGGCCGGUCAUAUUUCAUCUUCCUCGCCUCCGAUUUUACGAGGGCAACCUUCUUUAUGGGGAUAUGGUAGCCGCUGAGAAGUUUGAUCGUUUACAGCCUGGAUGUUCUCCGGUGGAAGAAAUCGCUCUACGCAUCUCUACCAUUGCUGGACCAACACUCAAGAGUAUAUUAAAAGCCUGCAAAGCACUCAAAAAGUUCGAGUAUACCCAUAACUCUUUUAUUAAAGAUUAUAAUCAAUUGACGCCCCGCGAAAUUCUGGAGGCCCUCUUGCUCCAUUCUGAAACAUUAGAGGAUGUCCGUGUCAAUAUGCAUGAGGAAAUGGAUAAGGGGUGGGAAUGGCAGGAUCAUCCCGAGUGCCUCUAUAUGGGAACACGACUUUCUCAACUACGCUCGCUCAAGACGCUCACAGUCAGCUGUCAGUGCCUUACUGGAAUUCUCGCUGGCCCCCCAGAGAAUCACGGCUUUAAUGGACGCCCGAUGCCACUUCAGAUCGAGGGAGCUCCGAGCCUUAUCGAAUGCCUUCCUGAAAGCCUGGAAUCACUGAAAAUCCUUGGAUGUGGUGAGGAAAUAUGGGAAACAGCAACAGAGUUGCUGAGGACGGUUGAGCAGGGUGUUCGGUUCACGAAGCUUACCUAUAUCUGCUUUCUCUUCAAUAAGUGGCUCAUGAAGUCGAAGAUCGACUUACAUUGUUACUCUCCACAUGUCCGCUUGGAAAUUGGGUACCAAAAGCAGGGUUUCUACCAAUUUGACUUGGGACCCCCCAUUAGUGAAACGGAAACGCGCCGGGAACACAACGCAACCUCUCGUAUAUACGCCCCAGAUGCCCGAAAGUAUUAUCUGGGGAUUCGUGAGGCGGCUGUAUUUCCAAAAAGUGCGUAUGAGCCGCGGCCCGAUCCUUAUGAUUUCGAGGAAUAA